GUCCUUUAAAUAAAGUGCUCUUCCCAAACGAGGCGAUCUGGAAUAAAACAGCCGUUCCAGUCUACAAUCCUUAUUCAUUGGGUAUCUUUAAUCUCGUGUGAAGACUUUCCAAUCUUUUUUUUUUUUUUUUGUCGAAACUAAAUUUAAAAAAAAAACUAAUCUGUGUCAGCCUUAACUGCGACUCUGUUUUUUACCGAGGAGGGCCAUAUUUUUCCGCCCGACGCGCUUCGUUGGCGGAAGGAUUCAGUUAGUUUUGUGGCCGUGGAGAAGGCGUUGUUCAGUUCGGGACUAGUUAUAUGUUUUUUUCCUUUGAUCUCUUCUUUUUGCACUUGUUCAGCUUUUUUCUUCGAUCGGUGCCCUUAUUUAGAUGGCCAGCUUCCCAGAUUGCGUAAAUAAAAAUGAUCUAGACAAGGCUAAGUUCAUUGGUGAACUCCUGGUCUCUGUUGCUCCCUUUGACCAGAAGUCUGGGCGCGAAGCCUGGACAGUCGCCUUCGCACCAAAUGGUUCCUACUUUGCUUGGUCCCAGGGACAUCGCAUUGUCAGACUCAUCCCUUGGACAAAAUGUUUGAGGAGCUUUUCAGUGAGUGCUGGUGAAGAAGGUACCAAUCCAACAAGUCCCCAGCGUUUGUCCCGUCAAGACAGUGAUGGAAGCCUCACUGUCCCACUGGCUGAUGAGCCCCGUGAACACACCAUAGACUGUGGUGACGUAGUGUGGGGCCUGGCUUUUGGCUCCUCUGUGCCAGAAAAACAGAGCCGCUGUGUCAACAUUGAAUGGCACCGGUUCAAGUUUGGCCAGGACCAGUUACUGCUGGCAACAGGUCUCAACAAUGGCCGCAUUAAGAUCUGGGAUGUUUACUCUGGAAAACUGUUGCUGAAUCUGAUGGACCAUACUGAUGUUGUGCGAGACUUGACCUUUGCUCCUGAUGGCAGUCUCAUGUUGGUGUCUGCAUCCAGAGAUAAGACCCUUCGUGUGUGGGACCUGAAAGAUGAUGGUAACAUGGUGAAGGUGUUUCGUGGACAUCAGAACUGGGUUUAUUGCUGCUCCUUCUCUCCUGACUCGUCCAUCCUGUGCUCUGUUGGUGCAGGCAAAGCAGUGUUCCUUUGGAACAUGGAUAAGUACACAUUGAUCCAGAAGCUGGAGGGGCAUCAUAAUGAUGUGGUAUCCUGUGAGUUUUCACCUGAUGGAGCGCUGUUGGCCACUGCCUCUUAUGACACCAGAGUCAUUGUGUGGGACCAUCACAAGGCUGCAAUCCUCCUGGAGCUGGGCCAUCUCUUCCCCCCUCCAUCACCUAUUUUUGCUGGAGGGGCCAAUGACCGCUGGGUUCGCUCUGUGGGUUUCUGCCCUGAUGGCCGCCACAUCGCCAGCAUUACCGAUGACAGGUUUGUCCGUUUCUGGAGUAUUGAGGAAAGGGCUCCUCAGGCAAUAGCCUCCUUAUCUAAUGGCCUCUGCUGUGCCUUUUCUCCUGAAGGAAGUGUCCUUGCUGCUGGGACACGCGAUGGAAGCGUCCACUUCUGGGAGUGUCCUCGCAGCAUUGCCAGUCUGCAGCACAUGUGCAGGAUGGCCCUCAGGAGGGUGUUGACCACCCAGCAAGUGGAAGCUUUAGCCAUCCCUACACCACUCCAGGACUACUUGGCCUACAGAGUAAUCUGAGUCUAAGUGCACAAGCUGGCUCAGAUGCACUUCCCACAGCAUCAUCAUGCUGAAAACCAAUAAAUACCUUAUUUAAAACACACAUGCAUAACUUCUUCUGAACCAGUGGUUCACUGAUAAGCAAACUUGGUGAUUUGAAAGAAAUGAGUUCAGGUUCACUAAAAACUUUGAGCCAUGUUCGUAUCAAUUCUCCACCAUUUGGCUUUGUACAUGUUUAUUGAAAAUAACUGUACUAAGGCCCUCCACACCUGUAAGGUCAGGAUUGUUCUGGGUUCCCACGUCUCUUCGGUAUCUGUGUGCUUUUUAGAAAUGUGGAGAUCCUGUUCUGCCAGCUUCAGUGACUCUCAUCCUUUGCUCUAACUUGAAAUGGCUAUUGCACUUAGGGAUGAGACCUUGCAGUGUUGCUUGCUUUGAAUGUGUUUCAUUGUUUUAUUUGUGUUCCGUUUGUCUGCAGCAUGGAGCUAAACGGGAGGUUGAAGAUCUGACCUAUCAAAGGGCCAAUCCACACUACCACAAAAGCUCUGAAAAGCAAACUUUUUUUUGCUCUACAUUUGCAUCACAUGAAAUCAUCCGCAUGAAAUUGAAAUCUUUAACGUUUUAGUUUUUUUUCUCUGACAGUUUUUACAUGUCAACAUCUGAGUCAAACACUACAGCCUCUGGGUUUGUCACAUACAUUAUAGUGCCAAAAAUAUUUGUCUGUCUACUUUUACAUGUACAUGAACAUUGAUGACAUCCUAUUCUUAGUCAAUAGGGUCCUGUUUGUUAAUGGAGCCACCGUUGCCGGCACCAGCAAUUUUAACUAAUCUGUUAACAUCUUCCUCAAGGUUUAGGAGUGUGUUCAUAGUUGGAUGAGAAAAUUUGAAUUGGAGCCUCUGCUCUAGUUGAUGCCAAAGGUGUUCAAGAAGGUUGAGGUCAGUACUCCGUGCAGGACAGUCAAGUUUCUCCACACCAAACUUGGGAAUGGUUAGAACACUUGAAUUCAUUGGUAUGAUGGUAUGACCCAAUACUUUAGGCAGUAUAAUGUGUAUGUUCCUACUUAAUUAGUCUCUUACAUUGUCUAUCGUAUGUUCAAGUUAUAUUAGUUAUAAUCAUGGAAUGAGCGACUUCAUAAGUCAGAAUGUUUUGGCUUUCAAUCAGCUUAAAUACAGAAGUUGGACAAUAUUGAUUUUAAAAUGACUGGUGCUCAGUAUUGGUGUCUGUUUGAAUCCAGAUUUGAUUAUUGAAGAUGGGUGCAUAUGCCAAUCCUUUCUAAAAACAUUAUUUAUGUGUGAACCCCAACAUAUCAGAUGUUGCCCACAUGCAUCUCCCAUCUUUGUCAGAAAAUGCAACUUGGGUUUUUUUCCUGUGUGGACGCCUGCUGCCAGACCUUAUGUCACAUUUUAAUUAUAAAAGUAAAUUUGUAAAUUCUUUUACUUUAGUAGUUUUAUUUUUAUGUGAAAAAUGACAAACCCACAUCUCUAACUUUUGAACCUUUAUUGUAUGCAUAUAUGGCACUCCUGCUACAAUCACGUGUCUGUAUUACUGAAGCAAUACCUGAAUCUCUAGACAGGAUCCAGAUCUACCAACCAAUCUGCUGACAAAUGAAACAAAUCCUGAUUGGGAAAACUCAAAAAAAUGCAUCAUCAACAAUAAUCUUGUUCCUGAUGUUAAUGAAAUGUGAAAAAGUAUAAAGUAAAGUGAAAGUAUCCUGAGGGUAUUCCUGGUGUUUUGGUCGUAUUUUGGUAUACAGCAGAUGACAGUCAGACUUGUCAUGAAGUUCUGACUUUGCAAAUGCCAAAGGUUUUCCUUUUGUUAGGCUUUUUCUAAAAUGGUUGGGUAGUUGUAAUACUGAAAUGUGGCCUAUUCAAAAGAGACAUGUUUUAUAAACCUGUUACCAGUUAGCAGAAAAACUCAGUUCUGCUUCAUAGAGAAGCAUUCUGACAUUUCCAAAUAUCUGUGAAUGUAUUGAGUUCCUGUGACUUUGCUUAAAUAAAGACUUUUUACAAUAA